AACUGUCAACCACAGUCACAACUAACCUAAAUUACAAAAACACUUAUUAUUAUUAUACAACAAUUAAACUGGAAUUUAUUAAUACCAACAGAUGUGUGUACACAAAUUUUACAACCCGGCGAUAGAAACACCAUCAAGAAACACCCCCACGAAUUGAAUCUAGUGCGAAAGUGAGGUUAUGUCAUUUUCAGUUUUGCCCCCAUGACGAUUACAGAGUACAUAUCCGCCCUCUCCGACAACCCCUACUUCGGAGCAGGCUUUGGUUUGUUCGGCUUGGGGGCGGGAGCCGCGCUUCUACGCAAAAGCCUCCAAGGCUCCCUAAUUCUGUUCAGGCGACACUACAUGAUCACGUUGGAAGUCCCCUGUAGAGACAAAUCCUACCAGUGGUUACUCCAAUGGAUGACGGAGAAGGGGGCCCGCCAGACCCAGCACUUGAGCGUGGAGACCAGCUUCGAACAAAAAGAAACCGGCCAUGUGAAAACCAAAUAUGACUUUAUACCAAGUGUAGGUACGCAUUUUUUCCGGUACGGCUCGACGUGGAUCCGCGUGGAGCGCACCAGGGAGCAGCACACUCUCGACCUACACAUGGGGGUACCGUGGGAAACGGUAACCUUGACGGCGUUCGGGAGGGACAAGUCCAUCUACUUUAAAAUUUUAGAAGAAGCUAGACAGAUGGCAUUACGUCAACAUGAAGGCAAGACUAUUAUGUAUACGGCGAUGGGGAGCGAGUGGCGACCUUUGGGACAUCCCAGGCGGAAACGACCGAUUUCUUCCGUGGUUCUGGAUAAAGGGAUAAGCGAGAAAAUCCUCGGGGAUUGUAAGGAGUUUGUUGGCAAUCCGGGGUGGUACACGGAGAGGGGGAUCCCGUAUAGAAGAGGUUACCUCCUACACGGUCCCCCCGGUUGCGGCAAAUCCUCCUACAUCACCGCCCUCGCCGGAGACCUCGGCUUUUCAAUAUGCGUCCUCAACCUCUCCGAAAGGGGGCUAUCAGACGACCGCCUUAACCACCUCCUCAGCGUCGCCCCCCAGCAGAGCAUCAUCCUCCUCGAAGACAUAGACGCCGCUUUCGUCUCGCGUGAAGACACCCCCCAGCAAAAAUCCGCCUACGAGGGCUUAAACCGCGUCACCUUCAGCGGCCUGCUGAACUGCCUGGACGGCGUCGCCAGCACCGAGGCCCGAAUAGUUUUCAUGACCACGAACUACCUCGAACGCCUCGACCCGGCCCUCAUCCGCCCCGGCCGCGUCGACCUCAAGGAGUACAUCGGCUGGUGCUCGCCGCACCAGGUAGAGCAGAUGUUCCUGCGCUUCUACGACGGCGACAAGGCGCCGGCGCAGGCCGCCAGGUUCACGGAGAGGGUGCUCGCCUUCGAGAAGAACGUCAGCCCCGCGCAGAUCCAGGGGUUCUUCAUGUUCUUCAAGCACAGCGACCCGGAGGAGGUUAUAGACAAUUGCAAAAUGAUUUGGGAAUUAUAGUUGUAGGGAUUUA